AUGCCCUGCUAUGUUUGCAACAGCACCGGCCACAACUGCAGGGCUCUGCCCCGCGAGACGCAACUUGAUGAUGAAGUACCCACGGAAAUCAAUAGAAAUACCAUCAACAGGAAUUCUAUCACCGAUGGCUUGGAGACCAGAGUUUUUGCAGAAGAUACUGACUAUCCAGGAGUAGAAGACACAGAUUUUGUACUGUAUGUCAGUGCAGUUGAAACAGAGCGAUGCAGGCGUGGUCUGACUGUUGCCUACGCAUCGCAUUGCCAACAGGAAUCGGCAUUAGACAGGCCAGUUGCUGGUCAUGCAAAUUUCUGUCCCGGCGAGCUGUCUACGAAGUAUAGAGACCUGCCAUCAGUUCUGUCAACGGUCAAGCACGAAAUGCUGCAUGCUUUGGGAUUUAGUGUCUCACUCUUCGCGUUCUAUAGGGAUGAUAAUGGCGAACCUCUAACAGAGAGGCGACCGGAAACCGGAAAUCCUCCGUUGGAUGAAGAGUUACAAAUCCAUAAGUGGUCAAAUCGGGUGGUAAAGAAUAUAACACGCAAGAAUUGGAUGAUCCGCGGGGGUUAUAUGGAGAGAACCGUCCAUAUGAUGGUCACGCCAAGAGUUGUGAGAGAGGUUCGAAAUCACUUCAAUUGUCCAGAGUUAGAAGGGGCAGAAUUGGAAGACCAGGGAGGAGAUGGAACUGCUCUAACGCAUUGGGAGAAGAGAGUUUUUGAAAAUGAAGCAAUGACAGGCACCCAUACCCAGAACUCGGUGUUCAGCAGGAUAACCUUCGCUCUGAUGGAGGACACGGGCUGGUACCGAGCUGAUUACGAGCACGCGACACCGCUGCUGUGGGGGAGAGGGCUCGGCUGCAAGUUCGCCAUGAUGUCCUGCAAGCAGUGGCUUAAUGCUCAAAGGUUGAGACGGAAGAACCCAUCGCCAUUUUGUGAAAGAAUCAAAGGAAACCCACUUCGGACCGAAUGCUCAUCCCGAAGAGACGCCGUUGUUCUGUGCAAUCUUGUAAAACAUGAAAAUAUACUGCCCAGAGCUUAUCAGCAUUUCGACCUAUUACCCAACGUGCUCCCUGGUGAGGAAGCUUAUUACGGCGGCUCAGUUUCUUUGGCAGACUAUUGUCCUUACCUUCAGGAGUUCACCUGGAGGCAUAAGAGCGUAUUGGUAAGGGGUAGCAGGUGUUCUUACGAGGAAAACACGCCUAAAUCUGAUGUCAACUUCGCCUUAGAAAAUUAUGGCACACAUUCAAAAUGCUUCGACCACAGCGACAAAGUAUGGGAGCAAAAAUCUUGUAGACAGAUACGAGAAUGGCAGCACUGGGGUUCGGGUUGCUAUGAGUAUAAAUGUGAAUAUGGACGACUCCAUAUUGUGGUGGGGAACUAUUCAUAUACAUGUUUCCAUGCCGGACAGAUCCUCCAAGUGAGGAUCAUCAAAAAGGGGUGGCUCCAUAAGGGUGGUGUAGUCUGCCCCCCUUGCAGAGAGAUGUGUGGGGAGGAAUUUAAAUCUAGAGGCGAGUAUUGCAAAGGAGGGGAAGAACCUUUGCCGCCAAAUUUAUACCCAAAUGACGUUUUAACUUGCCGCGCGACAAUAUUUUCGCCGGCAAAACUAUUAGCGACAAUGAUUACUAUAUUUACGACACUCAAGUGUUUACUAAUAUAA